UGCAUUGCAUAGCUAAGAUACAGAAGACUGACUGACAUCAUGAAAGGAAGAGUCUCACAAAUGUCACACGUCAGCAUCAGCCAGCCACUCAGAAGAUAUGCCUGGCUACAUACAUGAGAGGCGCCGCGCCCUGUAUCAACUCCUUCCCUCCCUCCCUCCCUACUCACCCUCUCGACCAUGAGCAUGUGUGCAUGGCUCGAUGCACCACCAACACAUCGCGCGAUGCGAUUGUCACGCCCAUGCAGACGUACUCAACCAACCGACCGACCGACCGACCGUUGUUCACACCCUUCGGUUGCAUCGCACCGCAUCCAUCACGUCAGUCACUUCUCUCUCUCGAUCCCAGCCAGCCAUACUCACUCAGUCGGGUCUUCUCGCCUUGGUGGAGCAGUCAAGGAGCUUCGAAAGCUUGCGGCUCAGAGGUUUCUUGAAGUCAUACUCCACAGACGAGAAGGUCUUCUGCGCCCGCUCCAGCCACUGUUCCGACUUCUGCCAGUGAGGCCAGCCCUCCUUGUAGUCACACGCCUGCCAUGGUUCAACCAGCCCAUGGGGGUGGUGUGGGUGUGUUGUUGGAGGGGGGUGGGGGCGUACUGACUGUACUUUGUAUCUUUCGAAGUGAGCGUCUGCGAGGUGGUAGCAGGCAAAGGGGAAGAGGUAGAGCUCCCGCUUGACGCUCGACUGAAGAGGCAGCAGCUCACGCUCCCACAGAUCCUAUAUUCGAGUGACACACAAACACGUAUGUGCGGUGCGCCGAUGUCCAUCUCUCUCUCUCUCUCUGUUGUAUGUGUGUUGCAUAUAUAUGUGUGUCAGAAGAUACCUCCAGCGCGUCUGCGUCUGUGUGGUUGCGCAGCUUGAUGAGCUUGCCGCGCAAAAACACCACAUACGCCUGCACGUCCACACACACACACACAGACACACAUGCCUCCUUCCUUGACUCACUUGUGUGUGCCCAUCCAUCCGCCGACCUGCAUGUCAGAGUCCUGUUGUGCGUCGACUUUGGCGGCGGCCUCAUCCAGCAAUCGCUGGGCGUUGUCGAAGUCGCGACACCUGGAGAGGUUAUAGGCCUGGAAACACAGAGACUCCACCUCGGAGAACCCUCCUGCUCCGUGGGCAGUGCAACAUACACGGAGAGACAAGGAAGCAUUGCAAUCGUUGCGUGCACAUCGCGGCGUGGCGUAGUGUGGGCUGGCAGGGCAGGCUGACCGCUGAGGUACUCGUCGGCCUUCCUGGCGGCGAACUGGUCGUAUGAGUAGUGCGGCCUCUGCCAGGGCUUGACUUUGCGCAUCAAGUCGGCGCACUUGUCUGUGUUGCCAAGCAUGUGGUGGCAGAAGGCGAGCUGCAUGGCGCACCAGGCCCUGUAGGUGGUGGACUUGUGCCUCUCCAAGAACCACUCGAACAACUGACACAGACAGACAGACAGACGAGACACAAACCGAUCGUCAACCGAUCUGUCUGUCUGUCUGUCUGUCAGUCUGUGUGUCUGUCUGUCUGUCUGUGUGUCUGUCUGUCUGUCUGUCUGUGUCUCCGUGUGUCUGUCUGUGUGCGUGUGAGCUCGGUCACCUCAGCGGCUUCCUUCCAGUCGUUGAAAAGGAAGACGCACCAGCCCUCCUCGUACGCCCCAAUGACCUGCAGCGGCUCCAGCUCCCCGCUGGCCUCGCGCAUCCCGCGGAACAUCUCACGCGCGUCGCGAACUCGCCCAUUCACACGCAGGCAGUACCCCGCCAGAAAGGCCAAAAGGGGGCUUAGCUUCAGAUGCUCGUGUGCCUGUGCGUGUGCCUUCCCCCACGCCCAGCCUUUCUGGAGAGAGGCGAGGAGGCCUUUGGUCUCGUCGAAGUCCUCGUAGAAGAGCCCGUUGAUCCACAGGAGCAGGCUUGCAGACCAGGCAGCCCUGCCGACACCGCACUCUGCACACCACACAUGGAUGGAUGGAAGGUCAUGUAUCAGGGUGAGUGUCUGUGUGCGUGUGGCUGACUCAUGGAAGUGUGCAGCUGUUGGAGGCCCUUCUCUCUGUCGGGGGUGAAGCCCAGGCCCUGAGCUAUCCACGUGAAGCCCUGCACACAGGCAGGCAGGCAGGCAGGCGUCAUAUAUGUGUGUGUGGGCCUGACAGGCUGACCGAUGGGACGAGUGAGACGAAGAACUUGAACGCGCCCGCACCGAAGAGCGUCGACGCCUUCAGUGUCGCAUCCACAGGCAGCCCCUCAGCCUACACACACACGCAUGGAGGGAGAUCUGUCCCAUCCUUCCUUCUCUCCACAUAUAGAUCUUCUGACCUCAUCUUGUUGGAUCCUGGCCUCCAGUUUCUCGUAGAGCUUCCAUGCUCGCCGGAGGUUGAUGGCCCCGACCGUGAAGUUGCUGAUGCUCCCACUCUUGAACUGAAGCAACGCCUGCACACAUGACCAUGACACGAAUGACAUCGCACACACACACACACACGUCGAUGUGUCACAGUGUACAUGGCAAGUGAGCCCCCACCGCAGCCACCUGCCACAUGAAGGCCUCCGCCAGCACCACACACCCCUCCAGGCCGUAAUGCGCCAGCGCGUUUGGAGCCUCGGCGAGGUCCCCCGUCUUGCUCAGCCUCUCCUGCACGAACCCACACACACUGAUGGCCACCCACCUCAAUCCAGGGCACCGCGCCCACCUAACCUUCAGCCACACCUUGGCUCGACACAUGGCGUUCACCAUGGCCCGCUUGGGGCCGCGGCGAGCACGUGUGCAGUUACACCUGCUCUCGACCAACCAAACCAACACACGCAUACAUGCAGGAUGCCUUCCUCCCUCCCUCCCUGCUGCUGGUGUGCCGACAUACCUACCGUGCCUUAGCGACGAGGCGGACCUUCUCGAUGUCGUGCAUGAACCCCCUGGCGCCGCCAGCCUCAUCUUGCAGCACUGCGCGCAAAAAUCCUGCAGACCGACCGACAGACAGACAGACAGACAUACAGACAGACAGACAGAUGUGUCGGUGCGUUGGGUCUGGUGCUGUGUUUGAUGUUCGCCCAUCGACCCACCCCAGCCAACCACAUACCUGUUUCGACUUUCAGCAGAUACAGCAUGAGGUCGUCGGGGUGCCUGCCCGUCUCCUUAUGCACUUCGGCAUACCGACAGUCGAACAGCUUCCGAUGCACAUCAUCUGCAGGCAAGUGAGUGACACAGAUGCGAUCGAGGCAUCCAAACGCGCCGCACCGCGCCCACAAUGCAUUGCACACGUGUGCGUGCGUGUAUAUGUGUGUGUACCUUUGAAGACGAGAUGGUACUUGGCAACGGCGUUGUCGAUGGUGCCCCGCCGCCUCCUUUGCCGCUCCUCCAUCUCAGUCGUCACGUCCACCCCAGACGCAGACGAGAUGAAGAUUCGCGGACAGACUGACCCACCACCGCCCCCAUCUUGCGGCAGCUGACCUCUGACGCCAUCCAUUGGCUCCAAGGACACACUGCAUAACAUCACCACCAGCAUGAGAGAGAUAAACUGUUUGACUUUGACUGGCUGACCUUUCGAUGCCCAAUGGUGGUGCGUCGUCGACGGCAUCGUCCGGCGUAGACGGAUGCUCUGUGGGGGGAGGGGAGGAGGCAGGGGAGCCUGCAGGACACAGACAAUCUCACACACAAUCACACAGCUAUGGAUUGGAUUGGAUGCAUCCACACAUUCGUCCAUUCCUAUCCCCCAGGCAGACAGACACCCAUCUCACCCACCUUGUGUGGCGACGUUGGAUCUUGGCCCACCACCCACCGAUGGCUGCUUGAGGGGUGACCACCCCUCCCCCUCACUAGGCACCAUCGGUGACGCUGGCUCGCUCUUGUUGCCAUGAGGCGUCAUCUGAUUCAUCCCAUCGCUCACGCCCUCGCCCUCACCCCCACCCCCGCCUUCCGACUGGGUCGCAUACGACGCCCGGCCGCCUGCCUCCGAGCAGCUGACGAUGCUUGCCGCUUCUGGGGGGAUGGUGCUGGAGGCCUCUGCAUGCCGGCCUGUACCUGAAGCGCCGAGGUCGCUCUGUGCGCCGUCGGCGGCGUCGAGGAUCUGUUGCCGCCCGCAGCAGAUUGGCAUCGGCUGGUGGCGGGGAUCUGUA